AUCUGAAUCAUCAGUGCUCAGUGCUUUAAGUUUUCAGCAAUUCUCUAGAAUAGCAAGUCACCUGAGAAGUUACAACUUUUCGGGCAUAAGGCUUGUCAUAACAUCUAAAGGGAGCAGCCUGCAUAGUUGCUGCAUUGUCCACGUUGGUUGCGGCACUAAGCAAUUCGCUUCUGAACCAGAGCUCAAGGGAGAGUCUCUCUUCACAGGACCAGCUGUAGGUGAUUGUAUGACGCCCGUGAAAAGUCGAACCACCUCCAAUGUGGCUUCUGAUUUGAGCUGAUUGUCGGCUUGUGGCACCACAGCAUUGCAGGUAGUCACCCCCCUUUCAUGCGCCAUGUCGCAAUCGUUGAAUACUCGUCUUUCAAUGCCGCAGAGUGUUUUAAACAGCUGCCAUGCCAAGAGCAAGAAAGUGAGCUCUUGUGAUUCCUGCAAUGAGUCGGGAGAGCAACAAUUGUCUACGGGUUAGGCUUGCCCCCACAAGAAAAAGGAAGGAUGGCUGCCACCAGAGAUCUCAAACACUCGGGUCACAGAAACCACCUGAGCCAGCAGCUGACAGUGAGCAAGCUAAGUCUAAGUGGGCCCUUGAAUUGGAGGCACUUUCCAAGAGCUUCAAGAAGCUUACAAUCAAUAGCGGGUCAGUCACCGAUUUUCCAGCGGAAGGUCCCUUCUGACCCAGCGUCACUAAGGCCAAGCAGAAAUGGGUGUUCUUUAAAGCAGCAUCUGAAGCGGAGAAAGGGCGGGCCAGUCUGUCUUUUUGGUGGGCUGUUUGGGGGCAGGAAGGAGCAAGAAUUAGACACCGUGGCAACAAAACGCAGCUUCUAUCACAAUGGAGAGCCUCCCUUUCCCAACCGGUUGUUGGACGGAACGCAUCUUGCGGGACGAGAUCUGAGGUGUUGUUACAGAGCGAGCGUUGAUGGCUUUGGGGCUGGGGUGUUCCACGAAUGCUGCGAUUUCAAGGGGCCAUGCAUUGUGUUAGCUGAGACAGACACAGGAACCUUCAUCGGGGCCUUCAACUCUGAGGGUUGGGGGAGCACCGAUGACUACCGCGACUCUUACGAGGCCUUCCUCUUCUAUUGGCCAGAGGGCACAAGCAGCACGAGCCGAGCCUUUCACAUGCCGGUCAAGUUGUCAAAAAUAGGUGGAAGUGGAGCCGCCAUCUUCGACUAUGCUCGGGGGGGUCCCCAAUUUGGUUCUGACGGGCUUCUUGUUGGCCCUCCAUUGACGCCUGUAAUGGGAGGGUUUGCUGGGCCGGACUCGGUCGGCGGUUUGGGGGAUCUACGCACAGCAAGAUCAAGGCUUGGCAACUCGUAUGCUCGUAGAGAAGAUGGAAAGGUUUCUCUCUUUGGUGACGAGUCUAGCGCUACUCUAGUGGAAGUUGAGGCCUGGUGCAGUCCCGAUAUUGCUAGGCUGUAUUAAUACUUUUUGCAGCCCUUUGUUUGGGUGAACCUUGAAAAUGCUCGCCUUUGUUCUUUACCAUGAUGAUCCAAUCUUUUCGGGAA